CUCCACAAAAAAUAGCAAUCACUUUUUUAAUUGCCAGGAAAAAUAAAAAAUUUAAUAAUCAAAAAUAAAAUUAGUUGUGUAAAAUUGAAAAAAUUAAAAAAAAUUUAAAUAAUUAAUUUUAUUUUGAUAUAUUUUACUAAAUUUUUAGUAAAAAAUUUACAAUACAUGUAUAAAAAUGCGGAGUAUAGCUAAAAUUUCACCAUCUAUUAAAAUUACGGCACGUUUAUCAUGCAAUACCAAUGUACGACGUUAUACCUCUCUGGUGCAAGUUCAGGAAAGGCAAAACAAUGAUCAACAACUAUUAUGGAGCAAUUUGGCAAUGAGAAGAUUUUAUGGAACGAAUAAAUCGGAUAUAACAAAUAAAAGUUUUGUUAAAACUGAUAUCUUUAAUACGUUUCCAGAAAAUAGUUCCAGUUCAAUUCUACCAAUUGCUCUGAUAGAUUUAAAUCCCCGUAGUAAUAAUUCAUCGAAAGUAUUACUGAUACCUUUAAAUUGGCACGACGCAGAUGAACAUUCUAUGAGAACUACAAUAACGUCUAUAUUUUCAAAACCUAAAAAUCUGCAACAAAUUGAGGCUUUCAGUCAAGCAUUAAAAGAUGUUCCCGGUUAUCAGAAACCUAAAUCAAGGGCCAUUCCAAAUAAAGAAGAAUCUAAAGGUUUGACUAAAGAGCCAAGAAAAGAAGUAAAUGUGAAAGAAUCUGAGACAUCUGACAAACAAGUUAUUAAUACCUCCUUUGAGAAUCUCGCGGCCGAUAGUUUUGAUACUGUGGAUCGUUUAGCCGCAGCUGUGGAGAGAUCUUUACAGCAAUGUUGUUUACAUUCGAUGCAAAUGUUUGUUGAUGACAAUAUCUUUAGUGAAAGAAUCAAGGGUCUCAAACUGUUAGCAGUACCUUCAAAGUUCCAUGAAAAUAAUAUAAUAAAUGAUAUAGACCUCCCGGAACCACAUAGUCCUAUAAGCAUAAUGAAAAUAGAUGCUUCUAAAUUGAAUUUAAAGGACUUUUCAUGGAAUGCCGAAAUAGCUUUUUCAGAAAAUUUAACAAAUAUAACCCUUCCCAUAUCCUUUUCGAAGAAGUCGUACUCAACUAGGACGAUAGCUCUCUCAAAACAAAAAGCUCUCACUGAAGAUUGUCAAACGUUAGCUAUUUUACCUAAAAGUAAUCCGCAAAAAAUUCCAGCAUUAAACAUACUUCGUAAAGCAUCUAGCAGCAGUGUUUCUUCGAAAUGUAAUCCAAAUUAUGAUUUUCCAUAUCUUUCGAAAUUGUUCGGCACAAAGGAAUUGUUAAUGAGUUGUGAUGCCUAUAACAAGGCUUUAAUCGAGGCCGAGAAACGAAGGGCCGCCUUAACAGAGUGUGCAGCGUUAAGCAAAAAACUACCACUAAAUGCAUCACCUAAUCGACCUCAAGUGAUAAACAUUAAAGGGUGCAGUGAUCCUAAUUUACAGCAAACUGCCAACAAAAUUUCCAGCCCUUGUCCACCCCCGGCGAAACCUAAAAAACAAGCAAGUAAUGGUUGCAAAAAAGAUGAUCCUUGUAAACCGCCAGAAUGUCCCAAUCCUUGUAAAGAUGAAUUGGAAAAAUUAAAUCGUCUAAAAGAGGAGGAAAUGAAAAAGAAAAGAAAUAAAAUGCCAACCGGAUGUAAGUCUCCCAAAUGCAAAAAGGAGGAUAGUUGUACUAAAUUCCGUAAAAGUCCUUGCAAAAAGGCUACAAAUCAAUCAACAAAUGGAGAAAUGAAAUGUUCCUCAAAAUCUCCUGAUAAUGUUAAACAAAUGGCAGAUAGUUGUAAAAAAGACGAUCCCUGUAAACCUCCGGAAUGUCCAAAUCCUUGCAAAAAUGAAAUGGAAAAAUUAAAUCGUUUAAAGGAUGAAGAAAUGAAAAGGAAUAGAAAUAAAACGCCUACUGGCUGCAUUUCCCCCAAAUGCAAAAAAGAGGAUACCUGUACUAAGCUCAAGGAUAGUCCUUGCAAAAAAGCAAGUGCCAAAGAUUGUUCUAGUGAUUCCCAGGGAUCCGUGAAGUGUAACAAAAAACCUGAUGCCAAUAAAGGUAAGUCUGAUUCUUGUGGUAAAUCCAAGGAUAAAAAACAAAAAAAUCCCUGCUUGGAUGACCACAAAGAGUAUAAACCAAAAUGUAAUAAAGAUCCUUGCAAAGAAGGUGGGUCUCCUUGUGGUGGUGCCAAGAAAAAGGCAGAUUCUUGUGGUGGUGACAAGAAGGAAGAUCCCUGCGAAAAAUAUAACACAAAGAAAGAUCCCUGCAAAAUGAAAGAUAUAUGUGGAGGCAAUAAACAAAAGAAUGAUCCCUGCAAGAAACAAGAUAGCAGUUCAUGUGGCAAGAAGGAAGAUCCUUGCAAAAAGAGAAAAUCAAGCCCAUGUGGUAGUCGAAAGGAAGAUCCUUGUAAAAAGCAAAAAGAUGAUCCCUGUAAAAAGAAAAAGGAAGACCCAUGUAAAAAAACUAAAGAAGAUCCCUGCAAGAAGAAAAAAGACUCGCCAUGUGGCAGCAAAAAGGACGAUCCUUGCAAGAAAAGUACAGAUGAUCCUUGUAAAAAAAGUAAAGAUGAUCCCUGUAAAAAGCAAAAAGAUGAUCCUUGCCAGAAGAAAAAAGGCUCGCCAUGUGGCGCUAAAAAGGAAGAUCCCUGUAAGAAAAGUAAAGAUGAUCCUUGCAAGAAGAAAAAAGACUCAACAAAAAGUCCAUGUGGCAGCAAAAAAGAAGAUCUUUGCAAGAAAAAACCCACAAGUCCUUGUAAGCCAAAAAAGGACAGUAAAUCUAAAUGUCAAAAAACAUCCAAUUCUAAGAAAAAAUCAUGUGAAAAACAAAAAAAGGAAACAAAACCUAAAUGUGGACAAAAUAAAAAAUGUUUUAGUACAUCAGCUGUAGCGACCAACGACAGUUAUAACAACUUAAAUAAGCGUACUUUCUCAAAUUUCACAUCCACCAUGCCCUCCACAAAGAAUAGAAACUGGUUCGAUACUAAUUUUAAGCGUUACUAUAGCUCAAAACGUAAUGGUAAUAAGAAAAAUCCCGAUGAUCUCGGCCGGACCAGUCAAUGUAAAUCUGUGGAAACUAAAGUACCGCCUAAACGCAAACCCGCUUAUAGUGACCAUCCUAAAGAUGGUUUACGAAAAUGUUAUCCCACCUAUGAUAUGGAUUGUCAACAAUUUUGUAAAGAUGCUCGAAAGACAGAUUGCAGAAAAUAUGCUUUCCUAAAGGAUACCGAUAAUAAUAAACGUAAUGGUAAAAAAUAACCAGGUUAAACUGACAAAUCUUAAAAGAUAAUCCACACUUGCAAAUAAAAUCUGUAUAAAAUCAUGAAGACCUUAAGGGAAAUUCAAAGAAUGGUUGUGUACACUCCAAGAUAUUGUGAUAAGUACAAAAUUUCUCAUAAAAUUUAGAUACAUAUAUCAAUUAUGGAGAAUGGGCGUUAACUUUCAAACAACAUUGGACAAUUUCGCUAAAGUAUAAAGAAACAUUGUAAAAAAUAUUGAAAAUUCAGAAAAAUUCCAUGUGUACAAAAUAAUACAUUUACAACAAUAUUUAAAUAUAUCUUUUUUAAAUAAAAUAAUCUAAAUCUAGAUUUCAAA